AUGGCGGUUAACAAAGGCCGCACUGCUCAGCGGAAAAGACGAGCCCGUGAAGCACUUGAAAAGCAAGAAGAACCUACCCUUAAGAAGAAGGCAAAACCAGUCAAACCACCAAGACCAAAAAAAACCGCUAAGCCUACGACCCCAAGCACCUCCAACAAAAAUGGCACCCUACUCAAACCAAUACCAAUAAACGACUGCGGAGAAAAUCGAAAUGCACCAAUCCUUGUUGAAGAUGAUGAGAUUUCUGAUCUUCAACGAGAGGAGAUUGAACAGAGGAAUCAAGCAAAUGAUGUCGUCCAGCUUCUCAGUACUUUAUAUUACGAUAUUGACUCAGAUCUUGACGAGGUUGAAGAUGAAGAUGAGGACGAAAUCAGAAAUGAAGAUAUCCUUCAGUCUCUCUGGCCUCUGUUCUACAGCAAGAAAGAUUCAACCUCUGUCUCAACUCGGUCCUUAGCUUCAGGAGGAACUGGAUACCAGAAACCCAUCAAGAAUCCCGACUUGUCAUCAAAAAAACUUAUCCCACGACCGCUUCCAAGCUCAACCAAGUGCGAUUACAAAAAGAACUUCAAGAAAGCUGUGGGAAAAAACAAUAACAUCAUGAUCAAUUGGCUCAUCAAGACUACUCCAGAAAAUUCGAUCCCCUCUGAUUCCAACGAGAACGAACAUGACGACAUCUUGCCUAGCUGUGACCGAGCCCAAGCCCACAUCUCCUCAGAAGCACUUGAAUGUCGGUUAGCUGAACAAUUGGAUCGCUAUCUCUCGUCACCAAAUAAGCUCAGCUCAAUAAACAAAAUAACGAUCUCUGCCAACAAAAAAUGGGCUGAACUGAACUUAGCAAUCAUCAUGGCGACUGCAACUUGCCAAGAUCAGCUGAAGAAAAACCCAAAAUUUCGAUAUCCAAAAGGAACAAUCGAAGACCUUCAUCAGUUCAACACUCUCCGGCGUCAAUACACAAUCUCUGGAGUCAAGAAACCUAGCCUAACUGCAUCCCUUGAGACUGCAAUUUCCGCCAUUCGAAGGGCUCCCCCUCCUGACCCAAACAAACCACCCAUUCCGAGGAGUGGGAUAUAUCAUGCCCGUCAAAUAUCUCAACAUGCCGGGUAUGUUAUGAAAUUUAAGCAGAUCAAGAAUUCAAAAAAUGGAAAUCGAACCAACCACAAAUCAAUCCUUGAUGAUGUUGAGCUUCGCCGGGAACUUUUUCAAUGGGCUUCAAAUCAAACAAUUGGUGCGGUUACCCCGAACUCGUUUCGAACCCAUGUUUUGAAUCAUACCUUCCCUGCCUUCAAGAUUGAAAAAACGAUCAGCCGACAAACUGCUACCGCAUGGAUGUACAAGCUUGGCUUCAGUCCACAGGAAUAUAAAAAGUCAAUCUAUUUUGAUGGUCACGAGCGUGAUGAUGUUGUUGAGUCAAGAAAGUUGUACAUUCAAAGGUACCGAGAACUUCGCAGGCUAUCUCGAAUAUAUGGGACUGAUAAUCUAGAGAUGGCGACCCCAGUGGAUCCUGAAGUACUUGGCGACAAUAGGGAAACUGUCUUUAUCUACCACGAUGAAUCCACUGUUCACACUAAGGAAAGGCCUGGGGUUGCUUGGUUACUUCCAGGAACUAGCGAAAUACGAUCAAAGAACUCUGGACGAUUGAUUCACAUAUCGGAUUUCAUACUCGAAACCACUGGCCGAUUGACAUCUCUUGCAACUGACAAUACACCUUCAAUCGAUGCCGCAACCAUAAUAUACCCUGGCUCAACUGGAGACAAGUGGUGGGACAUGCAACAACUGUGCAAUCAGGUAACUGAGAAGGCUAUACCUAUCUUCAACCAAACACAUCCGACUUCUCAGGCUGUGUUCGUGUUUGACUGCUCAUCAGCACACGGCGCCUACUCUCCAUCAGCACUCCGAGUACAAAGCAUGAAUUUGAAGUUUGGUGGAAAACAGGCUCGGCUCCGCGACUCGAUUAUUCCCUUUGAUGAUCCUCACAUUCCGAUUCACCUCCACGGACAAGUGCAAAAAUUUGUUUACGAGAACGAUCACCCUGACCCGGACCGAGCUGGAAAACCCAAAGGGGUGCGUGUUAUCCUAGAGGAACGGGGGCUUUGGCAGCACUACACUCAAAAAGCUAGAGAAUCAGGACAGCCUGCUUUCAAGUUCAAGUGUACAACUUGUACAACUUCUGGUUUUCGUAAAGAUGCAGCUGAACGAUCUGCACGGCUCAUCCGACAAGCUGAAGCCAAUGGCUUCUUCCUCUCUGAGGAGCAAUGCAUUCAAGAGCUCAUGCAAGCUGAAGGAACCCUUGAUCCAGUCAAUCCAGUCUCUCCUGAAACCGACCACAAUGAAUGCAGUACCACAACACCUUGCUGCUGGUUCAGAGUCAUGCAGCUUCAGUCAGAUUUCCAAAAUGAACGACCUCUACUACAGACGAUCAUUGAAGAUGCUGGGCACAUCUGUUUGUUUUUGCCCAAGUUUCAUUGCGAACUGAACCCCAUUGAGCUUUUUUGGUUGUAUAUCAAGCAAGCUUAUCGUCAAGAAACCCAUACCUGCAAAGCUUUCAGCGACUACAAAGCUCUUUUUGAUCGAAUUCGAAAAUCAUGCCCCCUUUCUACAAUUCGCAAAUAUUUCCGACGAAUCGACAGGCAAAUUUCAGCCUAUGAGCAGGGGUAUAAUGGUCCUCAAUCAGCCAUCCUGAUGAAAAAAUACACCUCUCAUCGAUGCAUUCCACGUCGGGCAGCUAUGCAGAUUGACAUGCUCACCUCUUAG